GUGCUAUUAUUGCUCCUGCUCUUGCUACUGCUAGUACCGAAAGCUCUCUUAUCCCAUCAAUUUCAGCCAUCUUCCUUUCUCUUAUCAACUCAACAACCAACUCUUUUAUUCAUCAACCAUUUCUGAAUUUCAUCAAAGACAUUCUUCUCUCUUAUAACUCGAUCUUUCAUUAAUACGAUACGAUACACUACAUUACAUACGAAUUAAUUCUACAUCAUGAAGGGUGCAUUUCUCGCCGCAGCAUCGCUGCUCGGCAGUGCGAGUGCUGGUGUUCACAAGAUGCCUCUCAAGAAGGUAUCCUUGAGUGAACAACUCGCUACCGCCAACAUGGAUACUCAUGUCAAGCAUUUGGGACAAAAGUAUAUGGGUGUCAGACCUCAAUCUCAUGCCAGUGAGAUGUUCAAGGAGACUUCCGUUCACCUUGAGGGAGGCGAUCACGCUGUUCCAGUUUCCAACUUCCUUAAUGCUCAAUGUAAGUAUAUACAUCAGUAACGAGUAUUCAUUAGGUACUGACUAUUGAAUAGACUUCUCCGAAAUUACUAUCGGAACACCACCACAAACAUUCAAGGUCGUCCUUGAUACCGGAAGUUCCAACCUUUGGGUUCCAUCAUCCGAAUGCGGUUCAAUCGCGUGCUAUCUUCACACAAAGUACGACUCAUCCUCAUCCUCUACAUACGAGCAGAAUGGAACAUCAUUCGAGAUUCGUUAUGGUUCGGGAAGCUUGAGCGGUUUCACUUCUAGGGAUGUUAUGUCUAUUGGUGACCUUAAGAUCAAGGAUCAAAUCUUCGCCGAAGCAACCGAGGAACCAGGUCUUGCAUUUGCUUUUGGCAGAUUCGAUGGUAUCUUGGGUCUUGGUUAUGAUACCAUUUCUGUCAACCAGAUCGUCCCACCUUUCUAUAACAUGAUUGAUCAAGGACUCUUGGAUGAGCCAGUUUUCGCUUUCUACUUGGGUGACUCUAAGGAUGAGAGCGACGAGUCUGAGGCUAUCUUCGGUGGUGUUAACAAGGAUCACUACGAGGGCAAGAUCACUGAGAUCCCAUUGAGACGUAAGGCAUACUGGGAAGUUGACCUUGAUGCUAUCGCCUUUGGUGAUGCUAAGGCCGAUCUUGAUAACACUGGUGUUAUACUCGACACCGGAACUUCUCUCAUCGCUCUUCCAUCCACUCUUGCUGAGCUUCUUAACAAGGAGAUUGGUGCUAAGAAGGGUUGGAACGGUCAAUACUCGGUCGAUUGUGCAAAGCGUGACAGUCUCCCAGAUCUUACAUUCACACUCAGCGGUAAUGACUUCGCUAUUACCCCUUACGACUACAUUCUUGAAGUUCAAGAUUCUUGUAUUUCCACAAUCAUGGUAAGUUUUCCUAAUGCAUUGGUUCCCUUCCCUAGUUGAAUGUCUGCUAACGAUAUUUUAGGGUAUGGAUUUCCCAGAGCCAGUAGGACCUCUUGCUAUCUUGGGUGAUGCAUUCCUUCGAAGAUAUUACUCUGUCUAUGAUCUUGGCAAGAACACUGUUGGACUUGCUAAGUCAAAGGCAUAAAUGCAUAAUCUUUGAGCCAAAGAGCCAAAGUUGUAACAAAUUUGACUGCCCUAGUAUAUGUCUGUGGCAUGAAUCAGUGAUGGGAAUUUCCUUUUAGUCUGUAGAAUAGGAAGGUCUCAUUUCUAAUAAUAACUAUGCAUGGUUUUCUUAAGGGAAUGAGGCCACUUUUUCCUUGAUCAAAAUGCCUACAAUUGAUCAUUAGGUCACUAUCCAUUAGUUCCUUGAUGUCUACAUACCUACUAGUACGGUACAGAAUGCAAUUAAAUUACUAUAAAAUACAA